UCCCGCACGUGUAUUCCCUGCUGUUCGAGUAGGACACGGGCAGCAUGAUUAGAGUGCCAGUAGAUGCGUCCGCGAGGGAAACAGGCCAUGCGACAACCAAGCGAUCAUUUUAAUUCGACCACUCAUUCUAGUACCUGCUGUGUGUCUCUCUCGAGCCCUGCCGUGAUCAUUUUUCAUUUUAUAUCCAGUUUCAGAAACCACUUCUGCCGCUGCAAGAUAUGAAUCAGUUGGGCACUUCUUCCCAAUGGCCUUCAUAUGACCUGCAUCCAUCUGCCCUCAACUACAUUCUUAGCGAGAGCGAGCUGACUGAAGACGAAGCUGACAUUCUGUCAGAAGGAGAGGAGGACUUGGGCGCAUGCAAGGCUUUAUCAGGCUUCGAGGGAUGUUUCCGAGGUCGCUUAGAUAAGAUGUACUCUAGGCCUAAGAGAGCCCACCACCCUGUACUUGUUAGUGGUCGAACCAGGUAUCACCUUUCUCCCAAUACCACUGCUGGUGGCUCAUCACCUUCAGAAGGAGACAUCGCAUUCACUCAGAAGUGUACAGAUUUACACAACUUCAUCUGUCCUCUGAUGGAGCUUCUCCACGGACUUAAAACUGGCAGAUUUGAUAAAGGUUUAACUGGUUUCCAGCAGAGUGUUGCCAUGGACAGAUUGCAGAGGAUUCUGGGAAUUCUGCAGAGGCCUGAAAUGGGGGAGCGAUAUCUCCACAGUUUGUUGCAGAUAGAGGGCAUGCUCAAAUUGUGGUUCCCUCAGGUGGCACCGCAACCCACGGUCACGUUAGCCCAAACCUUCACCCCCAGACUCAUUACUCAUUGGCGACAAAACCAGCUCAGCAUGCCAGUUAAGAAGCGGAAGUUUAGCUGGUCAGAUUCAAACCAUUCUGGAAUAGAACCACCAAAGAAAAAGAUUCACCAACAUGAAAGCUGCCCAUCUGUGAUGCCGUGCACCUUUUCCACGGGUAUACCUGGAACAACGAGGAAGCAGGGACCUCCUGAAAAUGGAAGAGUUGUGGCAACUGGACCAAUAGAUUUGAGUUAACCAACAACAAUUUCAGCAGGCUGUCACGUGUACAAGUCAAACAAGAAACACAGGAACACGAAAUAUAAACCCCCGCUUCCUGUGGCUGCACAGUUGCACAGGACAAGUGAAUAGCUCAGAGUGCUGAUGUUAAUUGUGUUGAUGUGUACUAUAAAAACACAAAAAUGUGCCAGUCUGAGUGAAAGUUCAAGGUCUCAAUCAAUCCCAAAUUACUUGAGUCAAUUUUUACGACGCCAGAGAAACGGGGUAAGGAGUCAACGUUUGUUCCACGCCAUUAUCGGUACUGGUUGUACAUUUUUAUAGGGUGAAAAUGUUAUCAGACAUAGAUUCCAAGCCUUCGUAAUCAUCACGGAAAAAAGGGGGACUUAUAUUGACCCUUGUAUUUUGUAAUCAUGCACAUUGUCCAGAAAUACACACUUGCAUAAUGGAUAUGCAGUAAGAAGCACCACAAUUGGUGUUAUGCUCCAAUGCGUGCGUUUUUGGUGUGCCGGGAAAGGCUGCCUGGAAACAAAGUGUCAUAUUCCCCAUUUUGUUUUUAUUCUACAGCAUUUAGUCCAGUCAUCAACUAACUCCUUAGAGUCAAAUCCUGACAAAAUCUGUCUUCAAUUAGUAUAUUGCACUACAUGUGACCAUGUACAGUGUAUUCAAUGCCAUAUUUGGCUUAUUUAUUUUAAGGAAUACAGCAGUUGUAAUGUGAAGCCAACAAUUUGUCCAAUUACUAAAUUGAUUUUUUUAAAAAAAAGACACUUGAAUAAAAAGGUCACAGCAUAGAAGAUACACUGUUAAAAUAUGUAUUUUAUAUGCACUCUCAAACCAGAAUGAAAAAUGACAAAAAUUGAAUCUCUUAAUGGUUUGAAAAAAAUGGAACAGGGGAACUUCAUUUUUUAGUUGAAUGAAAUGUUACUGCACCUUAAGAGACUACUAUUAUUAUUUAUAAAAUAUUGGCUUAAAAGAAUACAAGCACAUACUGUACCAGUUGUGAUUGAAACCGCAGAAUUGUAGUUGUUUGUGUAUUGGCAUUUUACAUUAAAACUGCGUAAUUGUCAUUUUAUAUUUUGUAUCCCUUUGGCCUGAGAAGAUGUUCAAUGUCACAAGUGAAUUAAGGUUUUUAAACAUCGUUUUUUUUCUCUUUUUUCAUCUUUUCUGCAAAACUUUUCUGAGCAUUACCAUAAUGGUUUUUCUGUUAAUUGCUGGUGUUUUACAAUUGAUUAACAAUUAUUUUACUUGUAAUAUUUAACAUAGUUGAGUGCUUUGUUCUGAACAGAUGGUAAACCAAGUCCUUGCUAUGAUCAAUUUUGUACUGCCAUGUUUUAAAUUAAAUUUUCAGAACAUUCA